GUACUGAUAAUUGUAAGGGAAAUAAACAAACGUAAUUAUUUUUUGAAAAUCAAGAGAGAGAAAUAAUAUUGAAAUACUGUACUUCAUCUCCAGACAUGCUUCAUACAGCGGGGGAGAUGAAACGGUGUCUCCUCUUUCAUUCUGUAUUAUUCAUUGUGACCCUGUUUGUGACAGAGGCUAUAGGAUCAAACGAACAUCAUGUGGAUUGGUACACGGCCCUAGAAAAGUGCAAUGCAACAUAUACUUCUUAUCUAAUACCCCAAAGUUACAUAGAGGACCGCAAUCUUACCCAUGAUAUCGUCAGAGGGAUCGGACGCAACACUUCCGCCUGGGUGGAUGGGAACAUACAGGAGAUUGGAUGCAAUCCACAAAUGUGCCUGAGGAUGAAACGGAUUCUUGAACGAAAUGACAGAAAGAUGCCAUACAUAUGUGUGACGUCCAGAGGCUUCGACAUAAACUCGUCUGAGGUCACAUACACAACGGCCAAGAAGUUGUGUGAUUCAGCAAAACUCAAAUUUAAAGAUUGUCAUCCCAAGUACUUGUAUGAAGUGCUUCCAGGAAUGAGCGCUAGGAAUUCUGGGGCCUCUGUUGCAUUCUGGUUACCAAAUGUAGAAUUCUGCAGCAAUCAAGAUAUUGGCUGUGUUUACGUCAUAUCUCGAGACGAUGCAUCACUAGAGACAAUGUAUGGCAACUGUAGUAUUCCAAAGAUGGGCGUCUGUAUUAACAAAACAUAUAUAUCAGACUACCAAUUAUCAUUUGUGUUGGAAAUGACCGUGAAAAGGUUUCUGUUCAACAGACUGAACAAUGUGGGGACCACCAAAGAUGAAGAGGAAGAGGAAAUCGGAUCUAAAAAUCCAAUCAUCUAUGAGUGGGCAGAGUCUACAUCUAGCGCCGAUGCCCAUCUUCAGAAUGAAUCUGUAAAUAGCAACAACUCGGAAUUGAAGACUUUUCUUCCCUUCGUCAUCAGUGCUGUAAGCUUGAGUUUGGUUCUGGUAUCGAUCGGCAUCACUCUAGUGGUGUGGAAAAGAUUAUCAUACAAGGUGAAUGAUCCUGCGGAUACACGUUGUACCUGUGUUCCCCGUGCUCCAAAGCCAUCGACAAGCACGCCAAGAGGAAAAAAGAAAGACAAGAAAAAAGUGUAUGAGACUCUUCAUCUGGCUUCACAAGGUCAUCCGAUCAAUGUCACAGUCCCUCCUAGGGAGGAAGAAAAUCCAUACUCUGUAAUUUGUCAUGAAUGAAGAUGCGUUUGCUAGAUUCAAUGUGCAACUUUCGGAGAUACAGCGGCGACAAAUUCAAUGUUAACAUGAAGAGAAAAAAAGCCAGCAAUGUUUAGAUCAUGCCUUUACUUUUUGUCGAUAUAUACAUAGUACAAGAUUUCAGUUAGCAUCAAAAAGUACUUUUCGUCCAUUACUAGUAAAUCUUCUGAUUAUCACUUUAAGUAUGAAAUAUUAUGCAUAAUGUUUAUGAAUGGGAAUCAAACGUAGAUUUUAAGGAUAGGGAAAAUAUUGUCGUAUUUUGUUAUUGCUUGGAAGGUAGUAAAAAGGUCUGAUAACUUUAUGGCAUGAAAGAGAGGGCGAUGGUACCUUUUCUGUAUAUAUACUUCAAGAGGUAAAACAUAAAGUGUAUUCAGUUAUAACUUUACCUAAACAUUUUUUCCACUAUUUCUCAUUAUAAAUGAAAAUUAUGACUGUCUAAAUAAACUCCACCCGCAUCCAGGUAAAUCAACACGAAUAAUUUUUAAUCUCUGGCAAUUUCUGCGGUAUGUAUAACUGAAUGAAACAUAUUUCUUUUAUCGACAAUAAUUACAUUUCAACAUGUUGCUAUGAGAACCUUGAAAUUAUGUACAUCGUUGCGUAUUACCAACAUUCGAAACGUUGAAAAAUGAAAAUUUAAUUACAUAUACGAAUACGUGUAUGUAUGUAUAUGAAAAGUGAAGAUAAUGAACAAUCUCUUAAUAUAUGAAUUUUUCGCUAUGGAAAAAUCAUCCCCAUGAGUGUGAUUUUAUUUCUUUAUUUUUCCUCAUGUAUUUGUCAAUCAUCAAUGACACAAAAUUACUGACAUGUAAUACCUACGUAUGGAUGUUUUGAUCAAUAUCUCCCAUAGAUGUAUUGCUUGUAGGAGUUAUGAGAUUGAUCACUGUUCGUUAUCUUCACCUUGCAUAUAUGCAGAAUAUCGUUAAAACAUCAAGCAAUAUUAUGAGAAACCAUCAAUGUGUAAAUAAUAGGGAAACGUACAAAGAUAUGUGCAAUCUGGGUAAAUAUAUCUUUAUAGCAUCAAACUCAGAAAUUCAAAUAAUUUGAUCCAUGUCAUGUGAUUUACAUUGUUCUAUGAACGUACGUACACUGUCCACACAUGUAUAUGUUCUCCUUAUUAAUAUAACACUUUCAUAUGUAAUAUGUAUUUAUGUAUCUGUUAUAUGUUGAACAACUUUGGGGCUUUGGACCUCACCUUUUGCCAACAAAUUUAAUUGCUAUUGAUGCUCUUUUGCAUGCAAAUGUAGUGUGGUAAAAUGUAAUUAUUACUUGUUAUGACUCAUUUGUUAAAUGUGAUAAAUUUAUGUGAUGAAAGUUUUAUGGUAUAUAUGUUUAUCUUAAAGGGACUGAUUCACGAUUUCCCCCCAAAUUUUGUUUCUCUAUUUAAAUGAUAAAAAUCUACAGUCUAACAUGUUUACAAGGUUUUAUAAAAGACGGUUAUUUAUCAUGACAGAAGCUCAUUAUAGAGAGUUUAUUAUUUGUUUUCAAAACAAAGAUGGAGGUGUGUUAUUGUUUAUGAAGUUUUCAAAAUAAAUGGAUGUUGAUCCAAGUUUAUUAUAUAUGUCACAUCUCAAGUAUGCUUUUCGUAAAAUGUGUUAUUUAAAAAAAAUUGUGAUUGUACAAAAUGGAGAUGCUUUAAAUUACAAAAUUAACGUUUCACUGGUUUGUUUACAUAAAAAGACUCGAGUCUUUAUUAACAUAACACAAAAUUAUAGCUAAAAUAUUGCUCUUAUCCUUGCAUUCAGAAGGUCCACAUUUUGGUUGUCAACAUUAAAUGAGUUAUAUUUCUAAUUCUAAAUAUCAAAAAUGAAAAAAUAUUUCUUUCAAAAACGUGAACCAGUAACUAUAUUACUAUAUAUUAUAUUACCGUUGUACAUUCUGUCAAUUAUACCUGAAACUAUACUUAGUUUCAACCGAAGUGUUAAUUUUUACAUGUUGAUUUUGGUAUACACAGCUUGAAUUUAUCAAGCUUAAAUAAACAAUUUCAUUCAACAAACA